CACGUGAACGGAACUGGGAGACGCCACCUUACCCUUUAAAACAUCUCACAUGCAGGAGAAGAGUUAUGUGCUGUUAGUAGCGAAUACAAAACGAUAUAAAAAGUAUAUUCCUUUAAAAAAAAAAAAAAAGAAUACCUGAGUGAUUUACCGUCGUAAGAAAUCAGUGGAAAGUGAAUCAGAGCGUAAAGCGCCACCUUUCGGAGUGUUACAGAGUGAAAACAACGCCGUUACCAUGGUUUUUUAGAUCAUGUACUCCCACAGCUUGCUAGGUUACUGAAAGAUGGCAGAUCGCUUGGCAAAUAGCGAAGCUAACUCCAAGCACAUUGCGGUCGUGGAGGGCUGCUUCGGUACAGCUGGACAACCGCUGGCCGUCCCAGGCCGUGUGCUUAUUGGAGAGGGUGUGCUCACCAAGCAGUGCCUCAAAAAGCCCAAGGCCUGCCAGUUUUUCCUUUUCAAUGACAUUUUGGUGUAUGGCAACAUCGUCAUCCCGAAAAAGAAGUACAACAAGCAGCACAUCAUCCAGCUGGAGAGUGUCACUAUCGACACAGUGCCUGAUGAGGGAGAUCUGCGUAAUGGCUGGCUCAUCAAAACACCAACCAAGUCGUUUGCAGUGUAUGCCGCAACAGCCUCAGAGAAAACGGAGUGGAUGAACCACAUCACUAAGUGUGUGUCGGAUCUGCUGGAGAAGAGCGGCAAAUCGCCCACAGGAGAGCACGCGGCCGUAUGGGUACCCGACUCGGAGGCGACAGUGUGCAUGCGAUGCCAAAAGGUAAAGUUCACGCUGUUCAGAAGGCGCCACCACUGCAGGAAGUGUGGCUUUGUCGUGUGUGGUCCUUGUUCUGAGAAGAAGUACCUGUUGCCCAGUCAGUCAUCCAAGCCUGUGCGUGUAUGCGAGUUCUGCUAUGAUCAGCUCUCCACGGGGGCGACUCUACCACCACGCUCGAACUCAUACAGCCGCACUAACAACAUCUCUGAGGACGAGGAUGAAGACAAUAGCAGUGACUGAGAAAAGGAACCUUCGCUUUUGCUAUUUUAGGAUUAUUUUCAGUUCAGGUCCCAGUGAUUUAGUGUCUUGUUUCUCAUUAAAGGUUUUGAAAUUAGAAAAGGUUUAGAAACAGUAGAAAUUCUGACCAAUCCCACUCACUUUUGUAGAAAAUUCAGAUCAACCCUGUUCACUCCUGCAGUUAGGUUGUGCAGUACCACCUGUUAGCCAUAAUUAGUUUAGUUUAUUUACAUCCUUGAUAUUUUCUAAUGAAAUUAGUUGGCAAAUUUUUCCAAGAUAUAAACAAAGUAAGUAAUUUAAACUACAGCAACACUGACCAGGAUAAAGAAGGAAGGAUGGAUGGAUGGAGCCCAUUUUGCACCAGAUGUGUAACGACACAUCACCCAGCAUCCAGUACGUUCCCAGAUUUACCACAGUGUUCUUUGUCCCAUGAGUUUCAUAUCAAAAUGCCCACAAGACAGUAAGAAUUCUGCUCCAUUUCACACCACUAAAUGGCUGUGUAAAGACAGUAAACCUGCUUGCUAAUUUCAAACUCUCUGUACAGAUAUUUUUUUUCUUUUUCUUGAUUCCUUUAUAUUAUUGUUUUGUUUACCAAUGAAUCAUAGACUAGGAUAUGACACUUGUUUUUCCACAAGGAAGGGUUCUCACACUUUUUCACACAGGGCCAUGUGGGUUUGGAUUUUGUUUUCCCUUAAUAAUAAAAACCUUCAUUUAAAAACUG